UUAAUUGUUAGAUAGAUUCAAGAACUUUGAGAGAACAGUCGGAGGAUGACUGAUGUGGAGGAAUGGCAGUUCCGUGUCUCUCUGCGUCAUUUUUCACGAGACGGCUAAACCUCUGCUCACAGAGACGGGAGAGUGUCGAACAGCUGCAUCAAACUUUCCAGCCUAAACAUGAAUAGUUCAGGCCCCUUUUAUUCACUGUUCUCCAACAGCACCAUAGGUGACAACUUCACCACGCCGCCCUGCGCGGUGCACUCUCAAAACAUCUCCAUCGCCAUAUUCCUCUGCCUGGUCUUCGUAGCAGGCCUCUUCCUCAACUGCUUCAGCCUGUGGGUGUUCUGUUUCAUGAUGCCUAAAUGGAAUUCUGGAACUCUCCUCCAGUUCCACCUGGUGUUGAGUGACAUCAUCAUCACCUUCUCCUCACCUCUGAUGGUGGCCUACAUUGCUCUGGGCACCCAUUGGCCAUUCGGAAGCGUCCUCUGCCGGCUGAAGAUCGCCCUGCUGUUUGUCCAUCUGUAUGGCAGCGUUGCGUUCCUCACCCUGAUCAGUGUGCAUCGGUACAUGAUUGUGGUCCACUACAAGAGGAGCCCUUGGAUGAAGCAGAAGAAGUUUGUCCAGGGACUAUGUGCUGGCGUGUGGCUUCUGAUGCUGGCAACAGGCACCGCAUGUUUUGUGUUCUUUGACACGAGUGAGAUUGGCGACAAGACACAGUGCCUAAGUAUCCACCAGGGUCAAUACAUAGGGACGUAUUUCACGCUCAACUUCAUGUUCCUCAUCCUGGGAUUCCUCGUGCCAUUUUCAGUGGCGGCAGGGUGCUAUAGUCGGCUCGCUCGGUCUGUCGCUCGCAUCAACAGCAAGACGGGGAAAGGCCGCGCCAUCAAAAGCAAGUCCAACAAGAUGGUGGCCGUCUGUCUCACGAUCUUUCUCGUCUGCUUCUUGCCCCUAAACGUGAUAAGGACUGUGGGAGUUAUGGUUAAAAUGUUCUUUCCCGAGGCGUGUGGCGUGCUCCUGCGAGUCGAGACGGCGUACUACGUGUCGUGGAUCAUCGCUGGGGCCAACAGCUGUUUCGAUCCACUCAUCUAUUGCUUUGGCUCGCAGAACUUUAGCAAAGCCAUUCACAGCUCGCUCAGGAAAAUCGGAUUUAAAGUUCAGACGGAGCGGCCAGCUGAGGAGGAUGGCGAUCAGACAAAAGAAGACUUGACAAAAGAGGACCAGACAAAAGAUGACCUCUCUGUGGCGUACAUUAAAAAGGAGGAGAAUUCCAACACCUGUCUGUGACCGUAUAUCCAGGGCUAAAUUAAGAUGGCCUGGGGCCUCUAGGCUACAUGUUGAUGUGG